UUUCAUUUUGUCAGAAAAUUUUCCAUGUACCCAGAUAGAAGAAGGAAAAAGAAAAGGAAACCAAAAUGUUGUCUUGUUAUGUUUUAAAUCUCAUGAAGUUUUAAACAAAUCUGAUUUUUGAACACUUGUGGCUGGGGCUGCUGAAAUGGGCCUGUCUCUCGCUGUGCAUCUGUGCAUUGCCCAGCUCAAUGGGGCCCUGAUCUCAGCUGGGGCAGGGCCUGUCUCUCGCUGUGUAUCUGCAGUGCCUGGCACAACAGGGCCCUGAUCUGAGGAUGUCUAGGGGCUAGUGGAAGCUACCAGUCACUGUCCGAUUCUUCCCUCUCGGUUGCAUGCCCCCAGUGCAAUGUCUUUGCUAGAGGAACUGACCGACUUGAAUUACUGAGAGCUAGCAGGAGUAUCAGGUUGGCCUGAAUUUCCUUCCUGCGUUAGCCGGCUUUGCAAUGAGACCUGUGCAGGCCUGACCUGCUGCUUUGUUCUGCGGCUGGAAAGAGCUGGUUCACUAACAGGUGAGCACUCUGAUUUCCUUCGAAGCGUGCCAGGAAUGGAGAGACCUUUGGAGCGGCUGAUCACAUGGUGCGUGGGGUGAGCCUUAAGCCAGCACCUGCCAGCGGGCACGGCUCACUGUGCAGCUGCAGCCAUGGCUCACAUUGCCAAGUCCUUCUACGACCUCAGCGCCACUGACAUCCACGGGGAGAAAGUGGAUUUCAACAACUUCCGAGGCCGGGUGGUUUUGAUUGAGAACGUGGCAUCCCUCUGAGGCACGACGGUGCGGGAUUACACCCAGCUCAACCAGCUGCAGGCCCGGUACCUGCGGCGGCUGGUCGUGCUGGGCUUCCCUUGCAACCAGUUUGGCUACCAGGAGAACUGCACCAACGAGGAGAUCCUCAACAGCCUGAAGUACGUGCGCCCUGGGGCCGGCUUCGAGCCCAACUUCACCCUCUUCCAGAAAUGCCAGGUGAACGGGCAGGACGUGCACCCCGUCUUCGCCUACCUGAAGGCCCACCUGCCCACCCCGGCCGACGAGCCCUCCGCCUUCAUGGGCGACCCCAAGUUCGUCGUGUGGAGCCCGGUGCGCCGCAACGACCUCUCCUGGAACUUCGAGAAGUUCCUGGUGGGGCCCGAGGGGGAGCCCUUCAAACGCUACAGCCCCAAGUUCCAGACCAUUGCCAUCGAGCCCGACAUCCAGCGCCUCCUCAAGCUAGCCAAAUAGGGGGGCAGUAAUGGGAAUCCAGCUGCAGUGCCCCCUGCUGGAGGGGCACGGUGUCCAUCGGAGUGGUGGCCACUCCCUAAGUCUCAGCCCGCUGCAGCGGCGUCAGUGCUUUUCCCGGGUGACGGCCCCCUUCUAAACCACAUGGGGAGGGAGCCCGAAGGGGGUAAAGGCACUGAACGCUCGGCCCUCUGGGCACCAUCCAAUAAACAAACCUGAAGGGA